AUGUCGAUUCAAAUUAAUGAAGUACCCACACUUGAAGCUAAUCUUCUUCCUGUCCAUAUCAAAUAUACGGGACCUGCCAAUACUAAAGAUUACUUCACUCCAACCAAAGCCUAUGAUGAAGUAGCAAAUACUACAUCUGCAUAUUUCCGUGGUUGUAAACUUGUUGGAAAUGAAGUUAAAUUACCUGAAAAUUCUACUGCCUAUAUCAUGAAUAAACAUGAAACUAUGGAAUCUGCUCCAGAGACUCCACAGGGCUACAGAACAGUGAACAAUUACGUACCAGAAGCACAAUUCAAACUGUUCAAGGUUUAUGGCCAAGACACUCCAAUCCCUCUGAAUUCACAAUGGUUUCUGAUGUCAGAAUGGAAUGAUAUUAGUGAUAUUAUUCAUGAAUAG